UCUACAAAUCUCCACAGAUAAAACCCUACCUAGAACUUCGAAGCGGCGGCAGCAACAGCAGUCAGCAGGGAGAAGAAAGAAGAAUCGGUCCGUCGCAUCGUCGAAGCUCCACAUUGCAGCCGCAUCCGCUCGCCGCCGGCAGCCAUGAAGUUCAACAUCGCUAACCCCACCACGGGGUGCCAGAAAAAGCUGGAAAUCGAUGACGAUCAGAAGCUGCGUGCCUUCUUUGACAAGAGGAUCUCCCAGGAAGUCAGCGGUGAUGCGCUUGGAGAGGAAUUUAAGGGCUAUGUGUUCAAAAUCAUGGGAGGUUGUGACAAGCAGGGUUUCCCCAUGAAGCAGGGUGUCCUGAACCCUGGCCGUGUCCGCCUUCUGCUUACCAGAGGAACCCCUUGCUUCCGCGGAUAUGGAAGGCGCAAUGGGGAGCGACGAAGGAAGUCUGUGCGUGGUUGCAUUGUGAGCCAGGACCUUUCUGUUCUCAACUUGGUCAUCGUGAAGAAAGGCGAGAGUGAUCUCCCCGGACUGACCGACACAGAGAAGCCCAGAAUGAGGGGGCCAAAGAGGGCAUCCAAGAUCCGCAAGCUCUUCAAUCUCUCCAAAGAUGAUGAUGUCAGGAAGUAUGUCAACACAUAUCGCCGAACUUUCACCCGAAAGAAUGGUAAGGAAGCGAGCAAGGCUCCUAAAAUUCAGAGGCUGGUGACUCCACUGACUCUACAGAGGAAGAGGGCAAGGCUUGCUGAGAAGAAGAAGAGAGUUGCAAAGGCCAAUGCUGAUGCCGCUGAGUACCAGAAGCUCCUUGCUUCGAGAUUGAAAGAGCAGAGAGAUCGCCGCAGCGAGAGCUUAGCCAAGAAGAGGUCCAGAUUGUCUGCUGCUUCCAAGCCUUCUGUGGUAGCUUAAGACUGAGAGGUUCUAGGUCGUACCGAAUUGUUAUUCCUAUCCUCUGACUUUCGAAGUUCCUAAAUUUUGAAUGAAGUUUCCGAUGAACUGUUUGUACCCAACAGUUUUGUUAUGAUCAGUAUUUGUGAAGUUUGAAGUUGCCUUCUGACUUGUUCUGUCCGUUUUUCCUUUGCCUUCUUUUCCAUGGAUUCCUAGUCGUACUCGGAAUCUUUUGUUACAAGUCUGACCAGAAGAAUCUUCUAUCAGUUGCCAAAACGUCAUUAGUAAUAUGAAAUGGUUG